CCUCGACGUAGGAUCAUCGACUUGGUCGUCGACAGUGACGUGUGGCCGUGACAGGUGCACGGGAUCAGCCGACCUGAUGACGGACAUUAGCAGCAUCGGUAUGGUCUCUUACUACAAUCCGCUCGCCAUGUACCGGCAGCAACAGCAGCCGACUGGCCAGCAACCGCUGGUGCAGCAGAUCCAGCAACAUGGCCAGGCGCAACAGGCGCAGCAACACGCGACAGCCACGCCUGCCGACGGUGGCCAGCAAUACUGGUACGGAUAUCCGCACAGCCAUUCGCACGCCACCCAUCAUCAUCAAACGGCUGGGCCUCAACAGUACCUGGACCCAACGGACGUUAUACCCGGCUGGCCACAUCCUCACGUUCACCCUUACUCGCAUCUGCAGUAUCAGCAUCAUCAGGCGUAUCAGCAGCCGCAGAUGACCGGCGUGACGGAUUGGAGCGGUGACGAGACGAAUCCUGCGGUCGGAGCUGGGGAGCCCAGUCCGCCGAUCACUGUCAGCGGAAGCGAGAUCAGCAAUCCUGGCACUCCGUCCACGCCGCCGGCCAAUAACAACAACAACACCAUCACGCCUAAUAAUAAUAACAACAACAGCAAUAACAACAAUAAUACGACGCCCAUGAGACCGACGCAGAUCAGGAGCCCGUACGAGUGGAUGAAGAAGACGUCGUACCAAACUCAACCGAAUCCAGGAAAGACCCGAACAAAAGACAAAUACAGAGUGGUCUACACAGAUCACCAGAGGUUGGAGCUUGAGAAGGAGUUCCAUUACAAUCGUUACAUCACGAUGAAUCGUAAGUCUGAGCUUGCAGCCAAUCUUGCGCUCUCUGAACGACAGGUGAAAAUCUGGUUCCAAAACCGACGGGCGAAACAACGGAAGCAGGACAAGAAGCGGGAGGAGCUGGAGCAGAAAGACUCCAAGUCGGACGGUGCAAUGGCCAGCCUGACACUCGGAGGAAUGGGUGGAAUGCUGGGUGGUUUGAUGCACAAUGGUAGCUCGCCGCCUCUGGCCCUGGGCCAUCCGCCUCAUGCGUUGGCGUUGGGCCACGCGCCCGCUUCUCUUCAUCCGCACGCUCAUCCUCACACUGUGCUCGGCUUGUGACCUGAGGAACCGGUCGCCGAAACUUGGUCCAGUCAUGGCUGACCUCGCAACCUCUCUCUUCGUCCGUGAUCGCAAGAAGAAGACCAUUGAACAGCGAGUGACACGCCAUAGA